AUGUUAUCCCGUAUUUUUCUGGUUUUCACCCUGAUUACGUAUGCUCUAGUAUCCGCGGUUACGAUCGAGCAGUGCACUGGUGUGAAUGGGACGGAUUCCAUUCCGGCUGCUAUACUCUGCAGCGUGUACUCUCGGACGCAAAUCACAAGGUCUCUGAGUGUAUCGCAGGCUUUCUACGAGUUGUUUGACAACGGAUACUAUGACGAAGCUAUACUGACUUGGUAUGGGUACUACGACCCGGAGUUCACAGACGAGCAGCUGUGGGCGGUAGUGGAUGAGGAUUUGCGUGGGCUGGACGAAGAUGAACCUGAACGUGUAGAAUGCCUAAUAUUAAUACUCGAACAGGAAGGGCAGACAGGAUCAACUCUGUACAAGCUGGCAGUGGUGGCCCACGAGGAAGGAGAAGGAAAAAGAGAAGAGAAAGACAAAGAGGAUGAGUGCAUGAACGAGUGCAUGAAAAAGUGCCACAAAAACAACUUAGCGGCCAAUGUCAGAUACUAA